GUCGAGGUGAAGAAUUUGGUAAAAGGGUCUUGUUCGCGAAAGGCGCGGUUCAGUGUGACGAGGUCGUCUUGUAAAGACGUGUGAGUGCCGUCGAUGAUGGCGUAGGCGGUAUUUUCGGGAUGUUGCAGCCAAUUGGGACAUGGCGUGGCUUGGUUGUUGAUGAAGUUCCAAAUGGACUCGACAAAGGUGCCGUCUGGGUGGGAGAGGCGGUGGAGUUUGCUCUGUUGGAGGAGCAGGUGGUUGUAUUUGUCGAGAGCAUGGCUGAGUUCUUUGUAUUUGCCUCGUAGCUUAUGGCCUGGCGUGCCGGGCUCGCAAGUGGUGUCGUCUGCGAAGAGAUGUUGCACUUUAUAGUGCAAUUGUUCAUGUUCCAAAUCUUGUUCAAUUUCAUGCAUCUCAUGCUCCAAAUGGGUGAGUUUAGCUUGAUGAUAGAGUAAAUUGCGAGCAUUGAGGGCCGUAAAACUUCGAUAAAUGGCAUAGUUCUCUCUUGUGCCCAAGAAUCUUGCAAGCAUGGGAUACCCGUGCAGAGCCUCGGCCUCGGGUUUCCAUGUCUGUCGUCGCUCUAGUGGUCUCGAUGGACAGGUGGUGGACGACGAGGUGGACGAUCGCAACGUGUCUUGGCGUGGCAGCUCUUUUGCAAAUGUCGUCGAUGAGGUACGGGACCAGCUAGUGUUUGUGCGAGAGGCAGUAGCUGGCGGUAGGGAGGGACUCUGAUGUCUUUCGACAUCCUUUUCGACCUCUUUCUCGUCCAUCGUGUAUCGUCGACCACCGCUCAGUUGCGAGGUGUCAUCUGGUGCAAUUGAGAACUCCAUUCUAGGAGGCAAAAGUGUUCAGCAAGAGUCUACGGUAUGAAUGGUACCUAUGGUAUGGGUUCAUCGGGGAGAGAAAAGAGUCCGUCCACUACAACGGCAGCAUGAGUCUGUGUUAAGAUAGACGAACGGCCUCAGGCCGAGGGUACCACGUUGUGCACCGGUGAGGCUUGAGCAUUGGAAUCUCUCGCUGCGGUACAACAUUGAUACCAGCAAGCCACAUUCGAAUCCUGUGUUCCUUAGCGUGCACAAUUAAGGAAUGAUGAGCGUACUGAAUGCAAGACCAGGUAUACAGAUAUCGCGUAGAAGGACAAUAUGCCAGAAUAUGUCGUUGCGCAUAGGAAAGCAAUUCCUCCGACGAUUACGGGGCCGGAUUAUUAACAACCUGGCCCCCCCAUCAACAUGGCCAUUUUUAGCUGGCGGCAUGAACUUGGCUGAAGUGGUGCAUGAAUAAUGCUGACUGUGCACAUGUAUGACGCCUCACAAUCGCUUGCCGGCAUGCUGCCAGCUAUAUCGCAGAGAGAUCAUUGGACUGAUGAAGAAGAUGAUAAUGCUGCGCUAGCAAUGCAGCAUUCAUCCUCCUCCAUCCAUCCUCCAUCCUCCUCCAUCCUGCGGCUGGAGCGUGAUACGAAGAAACUCAGCCAUGAUGGCAGAUACCUUAAGAAGGCGUGUAGCUCCAAGUAGCGGGAAUGGUUUGUCUUGUGCUGGGACGCACUGGAGGCCAUCAUGGCAGACGAUCUGUUUGCAAGUCCGACAGAGAUGAGCAGAAUCCCAGCCCUCUCGGUGCAUGAUACCGAUGGAACGAGCGAAGAAGAAGAAGAAGAACAUCAACACCAGGCCAAGGGACAUGAUGGUCAUCUUACCCCAAGACCACGCUCGCCGCACCAGGCAAAGCGUUCGCAGAGUUCCGAAUUCGAGCUGGAGUGGUUCGACGAUACGUGCCAUGAAGAGUACGAAUGGGUGCGUCUGCCCAAGGUACGCGACUGGGACAUUUUAUCCUUCCUGAAGCAUUCGCCGGAACAACGGAAUACGGCCAAUACACCCUUGACUGCGCGACGACACGAUGGCAAAGAAGUGGUGAUGUGGGCCAAGAUGGACACGGGAGCAGAUGUCAAUACCAUCAACGAGAGUACUCUCUCCGCACUCCUCGGCGAUACAGCGUUCAAUUGGAAGAAGCCGCUCAGCGAGAGUCCUGAUCUCAAAGACUUCCACGACCUGAACUUGAUCGGCGACCAGCAUUUCGAGCCUACGCACUAUGUGGAGUUGAGCUUUCAUGCGGGAAAAAACAAGAAACCUUUCGGUCUCGUUCCCUUCGUAGUCGUUUCCGACGAUGCCGUCAAAGCUUCACAAGAUGGCGUUCCGAAUGUGAUACUGGGACUACGCACUCUGUGGGAGCAUUACAUGGUCAUGGUAGACAUUGAGUAUCUCUGCGAGGCGGACUCUGCCCUGGAAGUGAUUGCGGAAAAGGCCGAAGAAGAGUUUCCCGGCGGUGGACAUCAUAUCGGAGUGGUCAAGUAUCCGCCUGUCAAAGGCGUUCCAGCGUCCACGAUUCGGGGCAAACCUGGGACGAAGCGGAGGAGUACCAAGAUUACGAUGACUGCUGAAGGUGCUCGCGUGCAAUCUUGGGGACUGUGAAGCAUCAUCUGCAUAUCCUGUGAAAGUAUGGCCAUUGGGAUGGAGCAGAAAUGAUACUGCGGCCUCUUUCCACGAACACUAUCGCCUCGUUCAGAAACAAUCCCAAUAAGACUGAGCAUACCUUGAUUACAUGUACCUGGGGUAUUUAGAGAGCGUGUUUUCGCCAUAGAGAGGGGGCUAGUGGUGUUGUCGGGGGCGGGAUGAUCUCAAAGUGGUAGAAUCAUGAUGGUCCAAAGUAGCGUAGUAGGUAACAAUAACGAUAC